GCCCAGCGGAAGUUUUCGCGGGGCAACCGAGAAGGUGAGUCCCGGUAACUGCGGAGGAUCCGAGGGUCAGGCUGCAGAAGCCUAGAAUCCCAACCCCGUCCCUAAGUAAAGAGGUCGCUGUCAAAAUGGAGUUUCCAGCCCAGUAAAUCCAAGGGCCAGACCGUGACCUCAUAAAGCAUGAUCUCCUUCUGUCCAGACUGUGGCAAAAGUAUCCAAGCGGCAUUCAAGUUCUGCCCCUACUGUGGAAAUUCUCUGCCCAUAGAGGAGCAUGUGGGGUCCGAAACCUCUGUCAGUCCGCAUGUGUCAUCCUUCCAAGGCUCAAAGAGAGGGCUGAACUCCAGUUUUGAAACCUCUCCUAAGAAAGUGAAAUGGUCCAGCACCGUCACCUCUCCCCGAUUAUCCCUCUUCUCAGAUGGUGACAGUUCUGAGUCUGAAGAUACUCUGAGUUCCUCUGAGAGAUCCAAAGGCUCUGGGAGCAGACCCCCAACCCCCAAAAGCAGCCCUCAGAAGACCAGGAAGAGCCCUCAGAAGACCAGCUGCAGCCCUCAGAAAACCAAGCAGAGCCCUCAGAAGACCAGCUGCAGCCCUCAGAAGACCAGGCAGAGCCCUCAGACACUGAAGCGGAGCCCUCAGACGCUGAAGCGGAGCCGGGUGACCACCUCACUUGAAGCUUUGCCCACAGGGACAGUGCUGACAGACAAGAGUGGGCGACAGUGGAAGCUGAAGUUCCUCCAGACCAGGGACGACCAGGACAUUCUCUAUGAAGCUGCACCCACCUCCGCCCUCGCCUGUGACUCAGGACCCCAGAAGCAAAAGUUCUCGCUCAAACUGCAGGAUGCCAAGGAUGGGCGCUUGUUCAAUGAGCAGAACUUCUUCCAGCGGGCCGCCAAGCCUCUGCAAGUCAACAAGUGGAAGAAGCUGUACUCGACCCCGCGACUGGCCGUCCCUACCUGCGUGGGUUUCGGUGUUCACCAGGACAAAUACAGAUUCUUGGUGUUACCCAGCCUGGGGAGGAGCCUUCAGUCGGCCCUGGAUGUCAGCCCAGAGCAUGUGCUGUCAGAGAGGUCUGUGCUGCAGGUGGCCUGCCGGCUGCUGGAUGCCCUGGAGUUCCUCCAUGAGAAUGAGUAUGUUCAUGGAAAUGUGACAGCUGAAAAUAUCUUUGUGGAUCCAGAGGACCGGAGUCAGGUGACCUUGGCAGGCUAUGGCUUCGCCUUCCGCUAUUGCCCGAGUGGCAAACACGUGGCCUAUGUGGAAGGCAGCAGGAGCCCUCACGAGGGGGACCUUGAGUUCAUUAGCAUGGACCUGCACAAGGGAUGCGGGCCCUCCCGCCGCAGCGACCUCCAGAGCCUGGGCUACUGCAUGCUGAAGUGGCUCUACGGGUUUCUGCCAUGGACAAACUGCCUUCCUAACACUGAGGACAUCAUGAAGCAAAAACAGAAGUUUACUGAUAAGCCGGGGCCCUUUGUGGGACCCUGCGGUCAUUGGAUCAGACCCUCAGAGACCCUACAGAAUUACCUGAAGGUGGUGAUGGCCCUCAAGUACGAGGAGAAGCCGCCCUACGCCAUGCUGAGGAACAACCUAGAAGCUCUGCUGCAGGAUCUGCGUGUGUCCCCAUAUGACCCCAUUGGCCUCCCGAUGGUGCCCUAGGUGGAAUCCAGCUUUCAGUUCAGGAACGUGCUGUGCAGGUGAAUAGCCUGGGAGCAAUGGGCUAUACCGUAUGGCCUCGGCGUGUGGCAGGAUGUACCAUUUAUGACUGCAUAAGCACAUUCGAGGAUGCUCACACAACAGAAUCGCCUGACCAUGCAUUUCUCAGGACACAUCACCACACCUAAGUGACGCGUGGAAAGCAAGUUCUGUGAAAGAUGCAGUAAUGCGCCUCAGCAGAGCCCAGAGCAGCACGGUUAACGCCUUGGCAGGCCGUCCAGGGAACUGGCUCAUCUUGCGUGUGGUGCCUGUGGUUCCUCCCUAAUGCAUGUUCCAUGGAAGGAGGAGGAAAGAAGUUGGAUGUGACCACCACAAAUAUCAUAUUAGAAUGGGAGUGGAAUGCAGACUGCAGCUGCAAGGAAUUUUAUAAGCGAAUCCUGCAAAAAGAAGACACGGCUGGGCACGGUGGCUUACGCAUGUAACCCCAUCACUUGGGGAGGCUGAGGCUGGCAGAUCACCUGAAGUCGGGAGUUCAAGACCAGCC